AUGGCUCGUGAAAUUGCUGGCCCCAGCCGGCACUGCUUCAUCCAUCUGCCCGCCGAGGGCACUCGCGGAGAAGUGGCCCUGUUUUGGAACCCCGAUCUUGUCGCCAUUUCCAACCCGCAGAUGCACUCCUUCUCCAUUUCGGCUGUCGUCACCGUGGUGCAGUCUGGCCUUGCUUUCGUCCUCUCCACUGUGUAUGGUCUGGCCGACGACGGUCGCAAGGCGGCCUUUCUUCAGGAAAUCUCUGACAUCUCUCCGCACCAGGGGGUGCCCUGGCUGAUCGCCGGGGACUUCAACCUAAUCUACGAGAGUAAUGAGCAGCAACAACCCACUUUGGUUAAGCUCGAUCGCAUCUUCUGCAACGCCGCAUGGGAUGCCCUGUUCUCUCCUUGUGCCGUCCACGCCCUCUCCACGUCACACUCUGAUCAUUGUCCGCUGCUCCUCGCCGGUUUUAGUAUGCCGCCCCAAAAAGCGCGUUUCCGCUUCGAAAAUUUCUGGCCGAAGCACCCGGGCUUCUCCGACGUCGUGGCCUCCACCUGGUUCGAGGAGGUGUCCUCUGCUAAUCCUCUCCGCCGGCUCCGUGUCAAGUUGGGUCGGGCGGCCCGCGCCCUCCGCCGUUGGAGCAAAGGGCUUUUCAGUGAUGCUCGUUUCCAGCUCCACCUUGCUCUCGAGAUCACUCUCCGCCUGGACGUCGCGCAGGACUCCCGUCCGCUCACGGCCCUGGAGUUCCACCUCCGUCGUGCUCUCAAGACCAAGGUGCUCGGCCUUGCUGCCGUCGAGCGCGCCCGCCGCCGCCAGGCGUCCCGGCAAAUUGCCUCCGGCUUCGGUAUACACGUUGCCCACGAGGACAAGGUCAGCGCGCUGCAUCAACACUUCUCCGACAUUCUUGGCGCCUCCUCUCCGCGCGGCCGUGAUCUUGCCUGGCAGGAGCUGCACCUGCCCUCUCUCCCGGCGGCUGGCAUCGAUAACCCUUUCUCCUUGGAGGAGAUUUGGGACGCCGUCCUCGAUUCUCCGGCUAAGAAGGCGCCCGGGCCCGACGGUUUCACCGGCACGUUCUACCGGUCUUGUUGGGCUUUCAUUCGGCUUGAUAUCCUCGCUGCCUUCAAUCAUCUGUACCACCUAGCGGGAGGGAAUUUUGCUUCCCUUAAUUCGGCCUUCAUUUUCUUGCUCCCCAAGAAAGCUCAAGUGAAUUCCGUUCACGAUCUGCGUCUGAUCAGCCUCAUUCACUCAUUCGCCAAGCUUUUCUCCAAGGUCCUUGCUCGUCGUUUAGCGCCGCUCAUGGGGGAGCUCAUCUCUCCCGCUCAGAGCGCCUUCCUAAAGACCCACUGCAUCCACGACAACUUUUUGUUUGUUAGGAACAUCGCCCGCGCUCUGCACCGACAAAACAAGCCCACCCUGCUGCUGAAGCUCGAUUUUCCGAAAGCCUUCGAUUCGGUUUCGUGGGAGUACCUGCUCGAGCUCCUCUCAUGCCUCGGCUUCCCGGCCCGUUGGCGUGAUUGGAUCUCCAUGCUCCUCUCCACCGCGUCCUCCUCGGUGCUGGUCAACGGCACGGUAGGUGACAUCAUCCUUCAUCGCCGGGGUCUCCGGCAGGGAGAUCCCUUGUCGCCCCUCCUUUUCAUCCUCGCCAUCGACCCGCUGCAACGUCUCCUCCUCCGCGCUACGGAGCUCGGCGGCCUCUCCCCGCUGCCCCUACUGGAGGCCUCCAUGCGCGCCAGCCUCUACGCCGACGACGCCAUCAUCUUCAUCAACCCGAUACAACAAGAUGUUCGCUGUGCUCUUAAUCUAAUCGAUGAGUUCGGUCUCGCUUCCGGCCUUCGCAUCAACAUUGGCAAAUGCUCCGUGGCUCCGAUACGCUGCAGCGACAUCGACCUCGACAAUGUUCUCUUGACGUUCGCCGGCAUCCGGGAGGCGUUCCCUCUGCGCUACCUCGGUCUCCCCCUCUCCCUGGGGCGGGUCAAGGCCGUCCACCUCCAGCACAUCAUCGACCGUGCCCGAGCCCGGUUGGCGGGCUGGCGUGGGCGUUGGUUCAAUGCCGGUGGGCGUCGGGCGCUCUCCAACUCUGUUCUUGGCGCCCUCCCAGUCUUCGCCAUGACGGCGUUAAAGCUCCCCAAAAAUUUCAUCUCCUCCUUCGACAAGAUUCGUCGGCAUUUCCUCUGGGGUGUCGACGAUGACGCCACUGCCGGUGGCAAAUGCAAGAUUAACUGGAUCAAGGUGUGCUCUCCUUUGGAUUUUGGCGGCCUGGGCCUCGCAAAUUUGAGCUCCUUUGGUCGAGCUUUGCGGCUGCGCUGGCUAUGGCUCGAAUGGCGUGCUCCCGAGAGGCCAUCGGUUGGUACUGCCACUCCCUGCGACGAGAUUGACCGUGACCUCUUUGCGGCAGCCACCCGUGUCUCCGUUGGUGAUGGCAAGAUGGCGAUUUUCUGGCACUCAAACUGGAUCGGUGGCCUUCCUCUACGGCUCACCUUUCCCUUGCUCUUUGCUCGCUCGCGCCGCAAGUCCUGGUCGGUCGCUGAUGCUCUCCGUGGCCAUCUAUGGAUUCGCGACUUGCGCCAUGAUCGGUCUGAAGUGUUUCUUCUCGAAUUCGUUCUUGCUUGGCGAGAGCUGGCCAUGGUCACUCUUCAGCCAGAUGCACCCGACUCCAUCAAGUGGAUUCUGACCACGGCGGCUCCUACUCUGCGCGCUCCGCCUACCAGCUCCAAUUCGCGGGUCGCGUCCCCUCGCCAAUGCCCGAGGCAGUCUGGCGCGUUUGGGCUCCGCCGAAGGCCAAGUUCUUCGCCUGGCUGA